AUGGCUUUAGUGCACAGAACUAUGAUGCAGUUAGCUGGCAUUUUAUUGUGUUUGUUGGGAUGGGUCUUAUCCUGUCUCACUACCUAUUUACCUCAAUGGAAAAAUCUCAACUUAGAAUUGAAUGAACUGGAGAUCUGGACAAUGGGACUUUGGCAAGCGUGUGUGGUCCAAGAAGAAGGGGGAAUGCAAUGCAAGGAAUUUGAUUCUUUUUUGGCUUUGCCACCCGAGCUCAAAAUUUCUCGGAUUCUGAUGUUUGUAUCAAAUGGAUUAGGACUUUUGGGCCUCCUGCUCUCAGGUUUUGGAUUGGACUGCUUAAAGGUUGGCGAACAACAACAGGAUCUAAAGAAGAGGUUACUGCUAUUGGGAGGAAUCCUUUUCUGGAUAUCAGGAAUAACAGCCAUCGUCCCAGUUUCAUGGGUUGCUCACAUUACUGUGCAGGAAUUUUGGGAUGAGAACAUUCCAGACAUUGUUCCCAGGUGGGACUUUGGAGAAGCACUGUUUGUAGGCUGGUUUGCUGGAUUCUGUCUCAUCUUUGGGGGCUCACUGAUGAACUGCACAGCCUGCUCAACUGAGGUCCACUCCUCCUCGCUUCAUUAUGCCAUGGCAGAAAAGCAAGAUCCCUGUCGGCACUUGGAAAGUGACAAAAGAUUCCAAAGCCUAAGAGUUUGA